AUGGAUCCCUCACAGCAAGAACCGCUCUCCGCCGUUCCCCCGCACGUCGUGAACGGCACUUCGACGACACAGACUCGCGACCAGCGCGAGCGCGACAAUCUCUACGCGUCGAUCCAGUCAUCUGCUAGCGCCCGUCAGCCCAUUGAGCUCGCGCGUCCCGAUGGCGUUUACUCCAAGCCCCAGACGCACAAGACGGACCUCGUCCGCGGCAAGGCGCACAUGGUGAACGGAUUGGAAGAACAUGCCCGGGACCCAAGAGAUGAGGCAUCUCCGCCCACGCCGCUGGCCACGAGUCGCCCGCAGAGUCCGUUUACCCAGCAUCCCACCAUCGACUUUGACGGCCUGAGCUGGCCCAGCUUGGGAACGCGCGAGCGCAAAGAGGCUACCGACGAACAGAAGGAGGAACGUCUCCAGAAACUCUCGGGCGCAGUGCGAACGAUCCUCGAAUGCCUUGGCGAAGAUCCCGACCGCGAGGGCCUUCGCGAGACUCCGGAGCGUUACGCCAAAGCCAUGCUUUUCUUCACAAAGGGCUACGAGGAGGAUCUGUUCAACAUUGUCAACCGGGCAGUUUUCCACGAGGACCAUGAUGAGCUCGUCAUUGUGAAGGACAUUGAGGUUUUCUCGCUCUGCGAGCAUCAUCUGGUUCCCUUCAUGGGCAAGAUGCACAUUGGAUACAUCCCUAACCGUCGUGUCCUCGGCCUCUCAAAACUCGCCAGGAUCGCGGAGAUGUUCGCGCGCAGACUCCAGGUACAAGAACGCUUGACAAAGCAGGUUGCUCUUGCCCUGUCCGAGGUGCUUCAACCCCAGGGCGUUGCUGUCGUCAUGGAGUCGAGCCAUCUCUGCAUGGUGAUGCGCGGCGUUGAGAAGACUGGCUCCAGACCUCCCGCCGCUUCACUUCCCGGUCAAGCCAAGAGCAAAGGCAAGCGCCAGGCCAGCAACUCUCCACUCGUCGACUCAUCCUCGCCUGGCCUCCGCCGCAAGCGCACCAAGCCAAACCUGAAGAUCUCACCAGCCGAGGCCAACAGUCCGUUUUCUCCGGCCGAAUGCUCUGCAGCAAACAAGUCGCCCAAGACCAGCGAAACGGCGUCCGCCCCAGAGAAGGCCUCGUUCGGGCUCGGUAUAAACGGCCUUUCUGCUGACGCGGCCAGUACCCUUCUGCCGCCGACUGCCAACUCCUCGAGCCGCGCUUCGCCGAUCAACCCGCGUGGCCCCUUGUCCGCGUUGGCAUCUUCUUUCGGCCAGCUUUUUGGUGACGCCGCUCAUGGCGGAAAGAAAGACGAUGCACAGGUCGCUGAUUGCAGCGAGACGGGGAGUGUCAAGAAGGAAGAUAUCGAUGACGCGAGCGACGUUAAGAUGUCUGGCAUGGAAGAGGACCCAUACGACGAGAUCAUGGCAUCCCUCGAAACCGCCGAACCAGACAAGCCGCUCGAGGACCUCGACAUCGGUUCCCCCACGCCGCCGUCAAGCCCUGUGCUUCGCGCGCAGGACAUGCCCCCCAAUCUCCAGGGUAGAAGGAGGCCACAGCAGCAGCGCAUGGUGUUCAGCAUGGGCGAGGCCAUCAUGAGCCAGAACGACAUCCUCCUGAACGUGUGCAACUUCAUGGGCCUGCGGGACUUUGUCAACUUCUACUGCGUCUCGAAGCGCUUCUACGUGCUCGUCAACUCGCACUACUCGACGCACAUGAAGCAGCUGACCCGCAACUUCGCGCCUCUCGCCAGCACCAUCUUCCCCUACCAGCUCUACCGGCGCGCCUGCAUCCGCGACCCCAUGCUCCGCACCCGGCCCGCCCACCGCGGCGACGCACCAAGCACCUACAUCAACCCGGUCCUCGACGGCGCCACGCAGACCCUCACAGCAACCGAGUGGCCCCUCGCGCCCAGCACCGACAUCAACGUCCCCGCCGCGCCGCCGCCAGAAGUCGUGCGGACGGUGCCCGGCCUGCGCUGGGUGCUGAUGUGCGCGUACCGCGAAGCCAUCGUGCACGACAUGCUGCUCUGCCUCGCGCGCGAGGGGCACCGGUUCCCGGGGCUGAUCGACGGGGCGGUGCUGAAGGUGUGGGCGCUGCUGGACCAGCCGUUCAACGGCACGCGCCUGGCCGUCGUGCACGACGCGCGGCUGUGGACGAACCGCGACCUCUUCCUCGCGCUCAUGUUCUUCAUCAAGCUGGACAUGCGCUUCGCGGACCCGCUGCUCGGCUCGGGCGAGUGCGUCCUGCGCCGCCUCCUGCUCGGCCAGCGCAGCCUCGUCGUGCUGUGGGAGGCGCUGCGCGGCCGCGCGGCGCGCACCCGCGCCGAGCUCUUGCACAUGCUCGUCCGCUGGGACACGACCGUCCGCCCGGACGUCCUCGACGCGAUCGGCACGAGGAAGACGAAGCGCGGGACGGAGCGCCCGUUCGUCGACUCCGUCUUCGGCGUGCGGACGGACGAGGUGGGCGCGCUGUGCCGCGAGGGCUGGCGGCAGGGCGGCGCGCUGCUGCUGCGCCCCGAUCAGCUGGUCUUGCGCGAGACGGCCAGGCGCCAGCUCAACAUGCAUCGCUGCUUCUUGGACUUCAUGCUGUGGGGCCACAUCGACUGGACGUGGCUGAGGAACAUCCCCUCGCCGGAUCUGGACGAGCUGGCGGUGCGGGAUGCCAAGAGGCGUGCGGGUGAAUACACGGCCGGACCGGGCGGCGACGACGGAGAGAGGAAGAUUAGCAGCGGCAGUUUCAGGGACAUGGCGAGGGCGUCCAAAGUCUCCUCAGAUGAGUGA